GGACGUCAGUCUUGCGCAAGAGCUCAACUUGUUUGUAUCUUUGAUCUUUUAAAAUAUCUAUUUAACGUAUAUUAUUAAGAAAAAUGGUGUCAAGAAUUGUUUGCUUAACUAUGCUGGUGGCAGUGGCGAAUGCGGCGACGUUUAUGGGAUAUCUACCACAGAAACCUUUAGAAUUAGCUCAUAAAGAAGGCUGUUACAUCAAAGAGAUCAACGACGUCAUCCCCUACGGAGCAGAAUACACACCAAUUGGCCACUGCAAGAGGAUAGAAUGUACCAGAACCAUGAUAUACUAUGCUACAUGUGGUAAAAUUGGCAACACCGAUCCUAACUGUUACAUUACACACGUGAAUUACAAUCAGCCCUAUCCUGAAUGCUGUCCUGAUCUUAAAUGUGACUUCGACAACAACCUUAUCUAAUUCAGGCCUCCUGGGGCUGUUGGCAGAACAUUCCAGAAGGUUUUCAGAAAAAUGAUAGAUUACAGAAGAAUUAAAUUUCCGAAAAUUAGUGACGUACAGAUAUUUCUAGAUAAUUUGAAUUUUGUAAACUUUUGAGAUUGCCGAAAAAUUUGAGGUGUUGAUAUAUUUUGUACGCCUGUAAAUGCAGAAGGACAAUGGAAGAUUUGAGAGAAUUAUGUGAACUGAGUAGAUAAAUUUGCAGAAAAAAUUAACAGAUCGAAAUCAAAAGGUGUACCGAAAUUAGAAAGAGAAAAAAACAAUUGACGUUUAUUUGAUUAAAAAUAUUUGCUGCAAACCUUCUGACCGGCGUCUGAGAUAAAGAAAAAGUUAUCAUUUUAAAUGAAUAUUGCCAACUUUAGCGCCUGUGUGGAUCUCCCAAAAAAAGACUUUUGGAUUGAGUUCCUUAUAAGUGAGAGGAGUUUGUUUUUACUCUUGCUCUAGAAGCUAUCUUGCCACCAAAUUGUUAAUUAUUUAUUUUAGUAUC